GCACUGUACAACUCUUGUGAUCCGCGGUGCUGCCAGUAGAUUCGAGGCUGUGACUCACCGUACGGUAUUAAAUGGCGUGCAAGUGAAAGUUAGCACAUCAAGAAUACUUUCAUCUUCACCAUGUCAGCUACGACUGUAGGUUAUCAGACGGCGCAGUAUUUCACAGUUGGAGCGAUGGCAGCAGUGGUCUUCGAAUACUGCUUGACGAUUCCCCAAGAGGUUCAGUUGAUCUGGGGAAGGAAGUGGGACGCUGUUAGAGUUGCGUUCACCCUCACUCGUUAUGCUACCUUGGUGGGUACUACCAUGACCACGUACGCUGCGGUGACUGACCGGUCCAAGUAUACAAGUUGUGUGACUUUCAACAAUGUCUCAUACAGUUCACAUCUGAUCAGCAUCAUCGCUGCAGAAGGCCUGCUUAUUUUUCGCACAUAUGCCUUUUGGCAUCAGAACAAGAAAUUGCUGACGUGGCUUCUCGUUCUUGCUGCAUUUUCCAUUUUAGGGGCUGUUGGGGUGUCAAAACUUGUGAGCACCUUUCUUCUCCCUAGCCCUCCAGAUGUCAGCCUGACAGGCUGCACGUUUGGAAGUGGAAAGGGUAGCUCCAUACAGUACAGUUUUUUGAUCAUUUAUGAGCUAGUGCUCAUGAUCCUUACGAUAUACAAGAGAUUCAACUUCUACAAAGAUGUUCGAACUCGCCUCGUCACCACCCUUUAUCGCGAUGGGAUGAUAUACAUGACCUGUAUCAUAAUGGUAUCCUUCACAAAUAUUGUUGUCGCCCUGGUUGUUCCUGGCACAUACACUAACGUCCUGGAUGCACCGCAACUCGUAAUUCACGGAGUGCUAGCCUCCCGUAUCCUAUUCAAUCUGCGGCAAAGCCGUCAGUCUGAUUCUAUGAUCAUUGACGGAAUAUUCCCAAUCGCGGACCACAGUAUCGCAUUUGUCAAUACAAACCAAGGGACCGUAGAAGGGUAGUUUGUAUAUUCGGCAGGGAUCCUCAGCCCCCAUAGUU